AUGUCUGAAGAAGCAACAAUUAAAAUUGAACCAACCGAAUAUCCACAAAUGAAGCAAGAAUUCGAUUACUGUCCAAAGGUAAAACAAGAAUUUGUAGAUUAUUUUCAAAUGAAACUAGAAUUUGAUGAUUGUGUUCAUGUGAAACAAGAAAUUGAUGAUUGUGAUAAUAUUUGCCCGGAAGAUGAAAGAUUUGUGAAAUCUGAGAUAACAAUCGAGGAAGAAAUAAAACAAGAAAGGAUUGAGGAGCAAGAUGCUAUAUCAAUUGCAAACACUUAUAUAUGCAAUGAAGAAAACAGUAAGUCAAAUAAUUUAGAUAAUAAUACAAUUAAAUGCAGCAACACAUUUGAAAGAGUUUUAAGUAAAAGUAAACAUAAAAAAAUGCAGAACUUAAAAACUCACAAAUGUGAAAUAUGCAAGAAAUCAUUCACCACAAAGCCAAUUUUAAAGCAGCAUUUAAAGAUUCACACUGGAGAACGCCGUCACAAAUGUGAAAUAUGCAAUAAAAAAUUUACAGAUUUCAGUACUUUAAAAAGGCAUUCAGUAGUGCACAAUGAUUAUCGACCUUACGAAUGUAAAACAUGUAAUAAAACAUUCAAAGAGAAACAAACAUUAAACAGACAUGAAAGGACGCAUACUGGAGAACGUGAUCAUGUAUGCAAAAUAUGUAAUAAGAAGUUUGUUCGAGCAUAUCAUGUGAAAGUGCAUUUAACUACACACACCGGAGAACGCGCUCAUAAGUGUGAAAUAUGCAAUGAAGCGUUCACUACAAAACGAUCUUUAGUGCGACAUAAAAUGAUUCAUUCUCGAAAUUCAUUUGAAUAG